AAGACCCAGAAAGAGCAUUAAAUGGAUCACAUCAUCUACAUGAUGAUCUUUUUCUUUCUUCAUCAAGUCUCAGGCAAAAAUAAUUGCACUGUUAAUCAAGUGGAUGGAGUUUUAACAACUCAAGAAGGGCACAGUGUGUUGUUACCUUGUCUUCUGUUAGAGGAUCACCUACAUCGUGUGAUAUGGUAUAAGCAAGCUCUUGGAGAGAAACCUAUCGUAAUAGUGUCAUCAUAUCACCACUCACAACCCAAUGAGUUUUCCUCUGAGUUUAAAGAAACUCAGCGUUUUCAUGCGGUGAGAAAAGCAGACAGUUUCAACUUAACCAUUCGUAGGACACUGAAAUCGGAUUCAGGCACGUAUUUCUGUGGCAGUGCCUUUGCCAACGUUGUUUUCUUUGGGACUGGAACAAUUCUGUUGGUUAAAGGUGAAGAACUCAGACCUGCUGUUACACAACACCCAGUACAUGCUGUUAUUAAGCCAGGAAGCAAUGUGACUCUGGAGUGCUCUGUUAAAGGGAAAACGUGUGAUAAAGGUGUGCAAUCUGUUCACUGGUUCAGACAGAGUUCAAACACAACUCAUCCGGGAAUGGUUUAUGCUCAUGGAGAAACCAAAAAUGAGUGUGCAGACUCCUCUGAUACACAGAGCUGUCUCCAGAACCUUGCUAAGAUGAAUGUUGGUGUGUCUGAUCCUGGAAUAUACUACUGUUCUGUGGUGACUUGUGAUGAGGUUUUAUUUGGAAACGGCACAACGUUGGUCAUUAAAGAUGGAUUUAAUAGUGAAAGUAUGCAGAAAUGUAUUUUAAUUGGCCUCGCAGUGCUGUGUGCAGUCAGUCUUACCAUCAAUCUUUUGCUCUCUUUACCAUUGAGAAGAAAUGGUGGAAAGCCUCAGCAAAUCCAGACUAAUGAUGAUAUUACAAGAGUGCAGUUUCAGAACACAGAUGAUAUUAAUUAUGCUGCCCUGAACCUUUCCUCAAAAAGAGGUCAGAGAAAGAUGACCCUAGAGAAGACCCCAACGCAGACCGAUGCUGCAAGAUGAGAUUUGAAACUUUUUAAUGCUGAUUGUCAGAAUAUAUCACAUUUAUCACAGACAACAGUGAUACUUUAUUAAUAUUCUAUAUUUGUGUGAUAAAAUGUGGUAAAGCAAGUGGGGCAUCUGCACUUUUUUCUC